AUGGCUGAUUGGCUGUUGUCGUCUUCUUCUUGUCCAAUUCGGCCGGAUGUGGCAAGCGACGUCAGAGUGGAGAAAUGCCGGGAGAAGGGCGACGAGGGAAAGGGAUACUGGAAGGUUAUCUUCAAGAAUAGCAACAGGCUAUUCCCGACUCGGACAAGCCACGAGAUUUUGGUGAGUCGUGGAAUGACCCACGAUGAGCCACCACCGACUCUCUCGCUAUUGUCACCCGAGUCACGCGAUGCAUCAGCUUCCCCCGCGGCGGGAACAGCGGCGUUCACGGCAAAGCGGCCCAAGCGGCCUCAGGGGACCCGAGCUUUCCAAAGGGGAAGCGAACUCGUCGAAGGUAAAAAAUGUCUGGCAGAAUCGCGGAAUGGGUGGGGCUGGAGAGAGAGCGGUGAAGUUUGGCCCAUCACCAAGCGGGCAGGUGUGGAGACGGAACUUCACACCAAGCACUGCCUCCGCCUUUUUGCCGAAGAAAUGGCUUUCUUUCCCAAAGGGACGGUUGGGAACAUGAGACGCAACGCGGGAAGCCAAAAAUGGACACGAGAAAACCGUUACAUCGACCAAUCAAUGGUGCAGACCCUUCAGAAAACCCCCGAUCCACUAGCCAUCCUCCAUCGACGCAAGGGUUGUGAACAAGGGACCAGCAUCUCGGAGGACGUGCAGGGAUCGCUUUCGGGGUUAGCACACCUGCGAUGGGCCGACAAGCCAAAUGGGUGCGGAGCGAAGAAGGUUUCCAGAUGGUGUUUCCACAGCCGGGGGUUGGGGGAAGGCCUCUUGGAGGCAAGUGGGUGGGUGAGUCGGCGCAUUCUCCUCGGGAAUUGCCUCUACAUCAUCAUUGGUGGCGCCUCUUUUGUCUGGAGGGCGCUCCGUUCGCUGUUCUGCGAUGUCCCACGCUCGGCUCGGGGCGAUGCUCGGCCCCGCCCCGAAGGGCACCCUGGAUACCAGACUGGAGUUGGGGUCUGCCGCCGGACAGCGGUCGAUAAUGGCAGAUACCUGUUUGGUAUAGCCGAGGUGGAAGUGGACCUGGAGAGCUCUCGGAGGUGGUUUCGAAAAGCUUUUGGGCUCCAACUCGGCGUCUCAGCAAUGACAUACUAG